AGCUGCCACAUUGAGAAGGAGGGACUAUCGCGCAGCAUGGCUUUCCUAAAAAAUUUCAUAGAAAUCGACACCAUUGUCACUGACCGCCACAUCCAAAUACGUAAAUGGGUGAGGGAAAAUAUGACUGACACCAAGCACUGUGUUGAUGUGUGGCAUGUUGCUAAAGGACUAAAGAAGAAAGUAUUGGCUCUUUCAAAGGAGAAGGACUGUGGGGAGCUCAGCAGUUGGAUCAAGAGCAUCACCAAUCAUCUGUACUGGGUUGCUGCAUCUACACCUGAUGCAGAUGCAGAUCUGAUGAUGCAGAAGUGGCGUUCAUUAGAGAACCACAUCCAAAAUAUCCACGAGGGUCAUGGUCAGCUAUUUCCAAAAUGUCUGCAUCCAGAUCUCGCAGGACAGGAAAGAAGGAAGAGGUGGCUGAAGCCAGGAACUAAAAGUUUGGAGAAGUUGCUGCCAAUCCUGGGGAACCGUCAGAUGAAAAUUGACAUCCCCAUGCUUUCCACCAACCAGCAAACAUCAGAGUUAGAAGGUUACCAUUCUGUAAUCAACCAUUUCGCACCAAAAAUGCACGGAUUCUCCUAUUACGGAAUGGUGUGCAGACUUCUACUUGCUGCACUUCAUUUUAAUGAAAAUGGAGGGAGGGACUCUGCUGUCACCAAAGAUGGUGCUACACGCAUUAAUACACAAGAAAGGAGGAUACACUGUCCGUGAAGUGAAGAC